CGAAGUGUCGUCGUUUCAUGAUUCAUAGAAAAACAAAACCCUAAAUCAGUGGCUGCCGAAAGAGUAAGAGGAAGAAACCAGAGCUGAAAAACCCUAACCCUAACCCUAAGAAAUCAGGAACUGAUCGAAAAUGGGAGGAAAGUGUCCACACAGGAAAGUGAAGAAGAGAAGAUUAUCUCACAAAACUGAUCGGCGUUCAAAAUUCUUGAUUAAAGGAGAUGACAUGGUUUAUGAUGAAUUGAAUAAGCCUCAAGAAGAUAGAAAGCCUUUACCUCUUGAUGAAGAUUUACCUGGAAUGGGACAACACUAUUGCCUUCACUGCGAUCGAUUCUUUGCCAGUGUAGCCGUGAGGGACGAGCAUUUUAAGACAAAAAAACACAGGAGACGAGAGAAGACCUGUAGAUGCUGUAGUAUGAAGAGUAUAUCAGAUGGAGGAGAGUCAGCUCAGAAGAGUGUGAAACAAAUGAUGGGUGACGCACCACACACUCAACUUGAUGCUGAUUUAGCUGGAGGGAUGGGAAUGCCAGAUAAUGGACCAAAGUUAAUGUCUAUGUAACUUUCUUUUUCGUAGCUGUUGAGAGAUUAUAGUAGAAACUGGUGUUAUGUUAUGUUUGUUAGCACUACCUUAUUACGAGAUGAGCAAUAUUUUGUUAUUAUUUCAAUUCCAAUAUAAUCUAUAUCUUUUCUUAA